AUGAGCGGAACCUUCGAGAAAGGAGCCAAAGAGGACCCUAGCAUGGACGAAAAGGGCCACCAGAGCAAGCCAUGUCUUGAUGCUACAAACACAGUGGAAGAAUUAACUAUCUAUACGCAAGAAGAGGAGCGGGCUGUGCUCAGGAAGAUUGAUCGAGUGGUUCUGCCAUUGAUGUGUAUUGUCAACUUUUUUCAAUAUCUUGACAAGCAGUCGAUCGGUUUCGCAGCAGUAUUCAACAUGCCCGAUGAGCUUGGCAUGUCGAGUAAGCAGUACUCAUGGUCGGUCAGCUCGUUCUAUUUCGGACAGCUCAUCUCCGAGUACGUCUUCAUCUACAUCAUGAGCCGUCUGCCCAUCUCGAGAACCGUCGGUUGGACAGUAAUAACCUGGGGUGUCGUUGCCGGCUGCCUGGCCGCACCCGGCAAUUUCAGCGGCUUCACGGCCGUUCGAUUCCUGCUCGGUUUUACUGAAGGUGGUGUCUCUCCCGCCUUUGUUAUCAUCACUGGUUCCUGGUACAAGAAAUCAGAGCAGCCUUUCCGAGUCGCCGGAUGGGUGACUUGCAAUGGCCUUGCCCAGAUAUUCGGUGCUCUGAUCAUGUAUGGCAUUGGCCUUGCCGGCAACACUGCCAUCUCCAACUGGCGAGUUAUGUUCCUCGUCUGUGGAGGUGGGACUGUACUCUCUGGUAUCCUUUUCCUUGUUUUCAUGCCCCUAGGCCCUGGAACGGCCUGGUUCCUCAAUGCGCGUGAGCGGAGCAUCGCCACCCAAAGGUUGGCCGAGGAGCGAAUUUCCAAGGAGCAGACAACGUUCAAAGUGUCUCAGCUCAAAGAGGCGUUGCUGGAUCAUCGCGUGUGGCUCUUGGUAAUUGGUGCUUUCUGCAACACGCUCGCCUCUCCCGUCAUUAAGUUUGGAACAUUGGUUAUUAAUGGAUUCGGCUGGUCGAAGCUUAACACAAUGCUGGUCAGUCUUCCUGCAGGCGUGCUGCAGAUCAUCAUGAUCUGGAUCGUCGUUGUCGGUAUCCGGGUCACCAAGAUCCCAAGAUCUUGCUGGGGUAUUCUUGCCAGUAUCCCUCCCCUGGUUGGCAAUAUCUGUCUUCUUGUGCUGCCCAUGGAUGCGAAAUGGGGCAUCGUUGGUUGCACCUGGAUGGCCACUGUUCUCUCACCCACGAUGGUUGUCUUCCUGAGCCUCAUCGCCUCAAACUUCAAAGGCAAUACGAAAAAGUCCGUGGCAAGUAACAGCUACUUCAUACUUUACGCUGCCGCAGCCAUUGCCGGGCCACAGCUAUGGACAAAUGCGCCAAGGUACGUCGAAGGUGUCAUUACUGACAUUGUUGCCAUUGGAGCGUGCAUUGUCGUUUUCGCGUUGUUUGGUCUCUCAGUCGGAUGGGAGAAUAAACGACGGGAUAAAAAUGGCCAUCGAACGGCUGAGGAGCAAGACUCAGGCGAUGCCGAUGUCACGGACAAGCAGGACAAGGACUUCCGAUACACCUGGUAG